AUGCUUUUUAUACCUGAAACUUUGGAGAUCAAUGGUAAAACAUACAAGACAGAUUCCUGGACCAAUGUUCCCCCAAAUAUCAUUUCAUUAACAGAUAGAUCACUACAUUUGAAUGAAAACCAUCCAAUUGGUAUCCUUAGAGAUCUCAUAGAGACAAGAUUCAAGGAUCUAGGAUACACUUUUUACAACAAUUUCAAACCAGUUGUGUCAACAUAUGAGAAUUUUGAUGCUUUAGGAUUUCCAAAAGACCAUCCAGGUCGUAGCAAGACAGAUACUUACUAUGUUAAUGAAACAACAUUAUUAAGAACUCAUACCUCUGCUCAUGAAGUUGAAUGUUUCCAGACUUGUAAAACACCUGGUUAUUUCAUUUCAGCAGAUGUUUAUAGAAGAGAUGAAAUUGACAAAACACAUUAUCCAGCUUUCCAUCAAAUGGAGGGUGCAAGAAUAUGGUCAAGAGAUGAAUAUGGAGAUAAAUUAGAGGCAAAAAUCUUGGAUGAUUUGAAACAAAUUCCUGAAGUUGAUAUAAUAGUGGAGGAUAAUGCACCACCUUUCCACCCUGAAUCUAAUCCAAAACAAUCUUACAUGACUGAUAGAGAAGCUGAGCUAGUUGGAACACACUUGAAAAGAACUUUGGAAGUAUUAGUUAAUGAAGUUUUCAAUGAAGCCAAGAAAGCUGCUAAAUUAGCAGGUAGUGAUGAACCAUAUUUAAAUGAACCACUCAAAGUUAGAUGGGUUGAAGCUUAUUUCCCAUGGACUGCACCAAGCUGGGAAAUUGAAGUUUGGUGGAAAGGUGAAUGGCUAGAAUGUUUAGGAUGUGGUGUUGUUCGUGAAGAAGUUUUAACCAAUUCUGGGAUUAAAAACACUAUUGGUUGGGCUUUCGGUAUUGGGCUAGAUAGAAUUGCAAUGUUGUUAUUUGGUAUUCCAGAUAUUAGAUUAUUUUGGACUCUUGAUGAAAGAUUUGGUAAACAAUUUCAAAAGGGCAAAAUUUCAACUUUUAAACCAUAUUCUAAAUACCCAGCUACUUUAAGGGAUAUUGCAUUUUGGGUCCCAUCAGUUGAUGAAAAAGUUCAUAUCAAUGAUAUCAUGGAAAUCGUUAGAGAUGUUGGUGGUGACUUGGUUGAAAAUGUCUCUUUGGUUGAUGAAUUUACACACCCAAAAACAGGUCGUAACAGUCAAUGUUAUAGAAUAAAUUAUCAAUCCAUGGAUAGAUCUUUAACAAAUGAAGAAGUUAAUGUCUUACAAGAACAAAUUCGUGAAAAAGUUGCAGAAACUUUUGAUGUUGAAUUACGUUAA